CACUGGCACUUUGCCUCUUUUAUUCCUGCCGCUGGCCGCCUUCCCGCGUUUGGGCAACACGGAACAAAUGUGAACAUUUCAAACAAAAACACCGGUUUAUUUCUCGCGCUCUCUCGCUCGCUCGCUCGUUCGUGCCUGUCCCCGAGGAACCAUGGCGGUAAACUUCGGCAGAAUAGUCGUGGGGGUAUAUGUGGAGAUAAAGAGGAGUGACGGGCGAAUACACCAGGCCAUGGUAACAUCUUUAAAUGAAGAUAACGAAAGUGUUACUGUGGAGUGGAUAGAAAACGGAGACACGAAAGGAAAAGAGAUUGAUCUAGAAAGUAUAUUUUCACUAAACCCAGAUGUUGCUCCUGAAGAGGAGAUUUCUCUGAGCCCUGUAACACCACCUCCUCCCACACCUACCUCCGUGAAGGUUAACAAGAUCCCCAAGAAUCGAAGGACUAUAGCUCCUGGAAGGGCUGAGAUUCCGUCCAGAGACAAUAGAGUUGGAUCAACACGGGCGCGCCCUGGCCAGCAGCAACCGGAGUCAGCCCUCCCUCCACCUGCUCAGCAACCAGCCCAACCUAUACAGUCCCAAACACAGCAGAGCCAACAGCAGCAGCAGAAUGCGAGGAGGAAGUCCAACUGUGUUAAAGAGGUGGAGAAACUGCAGGAGAAGAGAGAGAGGCGGCGAUUGCAGCAGCAAGAGCUAAGGGAGAAGAGAGCACAGGAAGUGGACACGACAGUCCCCAACUAUGAAAUACUGCAGAUGAUCAGAGACUUUAGGGCAAGCCUGGAUUACAGACCAUUAACCACUGCUGAUUUAAUUGAAGAACACCGAAUAUGUGUUUGUGUGAGGAAGCGUCCUCUUAACAAAAAAGAACUCGCCGCAAAGGAGCUGGAUGUGAUAACCGUCCCAAGUAAAGAUGUUGUGAUGGUCCAUGAGCCUAAGCAGAAAGUGGACCUCACCCGUUACCUAGAGAAUCAAACCUUUCGUUUUGAUUAUGCCUUUGACGACAGUACAACAAAUGAAAUGGUUUACAGGUUUACAGCAAGACCUUUGGUGGAAACCAUCUUUGAGAGAGGAAUGGCGACAUGCUUCGCAUACGGCCAAACUGGAAGUGGAAAAACGCACACUAUGGGUGGAGAUUUUUCAGGAAAGAAUCAGGAUUGUUCAAAAGGAAUCUAUGCGUUAGCUGCUCGAGAUGUUUUUCUCAUGCUGAAGAAACCCAACUACAAGAAAUUGGAUCUUCAGGUCUACGCAACGUUCUUUGAAAUUUACAGUGGAAAGGUGUUUGAUUUGCUGAACCGUAAAGCAAAGCUGCGUGUACUGGAGGACGGGAAACAGCAGGUUCAGGUUGUUGGGCUGCAGGAGAGAGAGGUCAGGUGCACUGAAGAUGUCCUCAAGCUCAUUGAGGUUGGAAACAGCUGCAGAACAUCAGGACAGACUUCUGCCAAUGCUCACUCGUCCCGUAGCCAUGCUGUCUUCCAGAUCAUUCUGCGCAGGAAGGGUAAGAUGCACGGCAAGUUUUCAUUGAUUGACCUGGCAGGGAAUGAGCGUGGUGCCGAUACGUCCAGCGCUGACCGGCAGACACGACUGGAAGGAGCAGAGAUCAACAAGAGCCUACUUGCACUAAAGGAGUGUAUUAGAGCCCUGGGGCGGAACAAACCACACACGCCGUUCCGAGCCAGCAAACUUACACAGGUCCUCAGAGACUCGUUCAUCGGAGAGAACUCUCGAACAUGCAUGAUUGCCACCAUCUCUCCUGGAAUGGCUUCCUGUGAAAACACUCUGAAUACACUACGAUAUGCCAACAGAGUAAAGGAGUUUGGGAUUAGUCCCUCAGACAUCCCAUUUUCUCAGGGAGGAAGUCGCUCUGGGCUCUCUCCCACUUGCGAAGUAAAGGAGCUGACCGUAGACCCGAACACAAUGGCCGAAGGAGUCCGACCCAACAUUAACGCCAUCAACCAGCUGGACAUCAUGGAGGAUGAGUGGGAGCUAAGCAACUCCCCUCAAAGAGAUGACCUCAAGCUGCUCUGUGAACAGAAUGAAGAGGAAGUGUCUCCUCAGCUCUUCACAUUCCAUGAGGUGGUGUCCCAGCUGGUGGAGAUGGAGGAGCAGGUCCUGGAGGACCACCGAGCAGUGUUUCAGGAGUCAAUUAGGUGGCUGGAGGAUGAAAAGGUUCUGCUGGAGAUGACGGAGGAGGUGGAUUAUGACGUAGACUCCUACUCCUCCCAGCUGGAGCAAAUCCUCGACCAGAAGAUCGAUGUCCUGAUUGAGCUCAGAGAUAAAGUGAGGUCGUUUCGCUCAGCCCUGCAGGAAGAAGAACAAGCCAGCAAGCAAAUCAAUCCCAAGAGGCCUCGGGCUCUGUAGACUUGGAACUAAGGUCACAGGCACAAGCAUGACAGCUAGACACUUGGCAGAGUUACAGCAGUUUCAGCAAAUACCAAAUAACCGUAACGUGUGUCUGUGCUAGACAACCUGCUAGUGUCCAGCAGAGUUACUCAGAAUUUGAAUGUCUCUUUCUUUGGCCAACAUGUGAAAUAUACAAAACAUUUAGAUCAUUGCAUUGAUGUACUGCACUGCUUUAAGUGGACUGCUGAUCUUCAAGGAAUGUCUGGCAGAAGCUGCAAUUGUGCCCAUCUACUAAUUAAACAUCUCACACAAAACUACACUGAAUAACAUUUUGAAGAUCAGCAUGUGCCUUAAGACAGCUGUAGAAGCACAGCCAUUCGUGUAAGCAAGUGGGAUUUGUUUUGUUUGUUAGAAAAUUGCUGAAGUGAUCUCUGCAGUAGACUUGGGAAAUAGAUUUCUUUUCUGUGUAUUUGUAUUUAUUUACUUUUUUAAAGUUUAGUUAAUGGCUGUUAACUACAUUGUCCUACAUUUUAGGGUCUUUACCACCUUCAUUUUUUGAAGCUGAUCUAAACCGAAUGCAUGUGCUUUUAAUAACCUGUACCCCAUUCUCUGUUACCAGCAUGGCAGACCAGGCCCAUCUGCACUUUAUAUAACCCUGUUUCUCAUGUUGGACCCCACUAAAGUCGUAUUACUCCAUUAUCUCCUUUCGGGGGGUUCGUAAUGUCCUUUUAGUGUUUGUUUCAGUUAUACUGUUCAACUUAAAUUGUCUAAAUUAAUGAUCUCAAUGAGGUUACUGCUGCUCUGGAGUGGGAGUAGAGCUGUAUUUUGUCAAUAAUGAAUUUUGUUGUUUCUGGUUUUACUAGGGCAUUGUCCUCGUACUCAUUUUUUACUCUGUGCUGUGGCUCUUUUUGGCCAGCUGCAGAAUGCUUCAUUGUAUAUUAACUCUAUCUUGGCUGGUAUCUGGAAAACAUGUUGCUCAAAACACUACUUUUCAGGACAAAAAAAAGAUGUAUGAUGCUAUAGACAGACAUAUGGAUCAGACCAUGUUGCUAUAGCUGAUCUUUUCACUGUUGGCACUAGACUCCGGUGGCUGAAUAUAGUCCAAUUUGAUAAGAACGUUAUGUUGGUAGAGUUUGCAGUGUAGAUGGUGUUGCUGCUUUUCUUGUCUUUGUAAAGCCUCAGGAAAGUGGGACAGUGCAGGAAGACAGAUCACCCAACUUCACUUAAGCCAGGCACUAGAGAGACGACUUUAGGACCAGGUAGUUGGAGAGACAAAAACUAAUAUAAGGCUAUACAAUUAAUGAAGUGACUUGCAUAUGUUGUAUGUUUGUUUGAGAGAAGCAGGAGUACUCUCACCCUGAAGAGUUUGCUUCAUUGAAAGCAAGAUUUUUAUAUUCGGUAUGGAAACCUUUAGCUAAAAUAAUAAACACAAAUCUUAUUCCGUGUAUAUUAUCUAAACAAAGACAACAGCAGCAUUAGCCAGUAUUUUAAAUUGUACCUUUGGUACCAACACAUAUUAGUAAAGGUAUUGAGAAGUUGAUGGAAAUGCUAACGAAGUCAUUAAAAUAUUUAUGUACAACACAUGAUUUUCCUGGGAUAUUCAUAUAAAGCAUUAUAUCGAUCUUACAAACACAUAGGGUUUAUUUCUAGAAGGUGCCUUUAGUACAGGAACCACAGAAAGGAACCAACACAUUAGUCCUACUGCAGCCUGUUAAAUGGCCUUACUUUCGAGGUGCGAAGGUUCCAUGUGCCAGCUUUCCUCUUUUAUAGAGGUAACAGAGGUGUAAUAACCUAUUUCAAGUUUACUACUGUUUCAAGAUCUUUUGACCACAACGUGCUUAAAAAAUCUCAGUGAAAAAUCUGGUUUGUUAUUGAACAUUCUAGCAUAAUGUUAUAGCACCUUGAGAUUAACAUCCAAGCCAAAGGCACACUAUAAUUAAGAUGCGAUAUCAAUAUGAAUAUAUGGUCCAGAUAUCCUGCAUUUGAGCUUCAUGAAAAGUGGAUCCCAGCAGAGUUGAAUGCAUGAAGUAGUCUGAGGAUGAGAAAGUAACAAGAAGCAAUUUUAAGCAGAGGAAUGUAAUUAUUCGUCAUAUCAAGAUUAGCUGCAGUGAAAAAUGUAUUUGCAAAGUAUAUUCACGUACACCAUGAAGUCAUCUAUGUCCAUCGAUCGUGCCCGUUUUUCACUAAAUUCAGCUUCCUGUAGAACGCUCUCAAUUUUCUGGGUAAUGCUGAAGUCCUGUGGUACUUCCUAGUUAAUAUACGAUUAGAAUGGCCCACAAUCAAAUAUCUGACACCAAAUGUGCCAAAAUGUAAACAACAGCACCACAGAGCAUACAAGCGAUUUUAGAUAAUCUAUCAUAAAGAAUAUUCUGAUGAACAGUAGGAGGAACUUACUAUGUUGUGCAUGGAGCAGUGAAUUCUGUAGUUCUUCUCCAAAAGCUGCUCAACAGCAGUAGAUCUUGGGGUGAGGGAAAAAUACAAGAUAGAGCUGAAAAUGUUUGUUUUUAGGUACAGAAGUCGUUAAACUGAAAUAAAUACUUACUUGAAGGCUGCGUUCAGAGUUUUGUUCUUUCUUACAAAUGCAAUUCUGACAAGACCAUCCCAUUCCUACGAGUAUAAAUAAAUUUGAAUAGAUAAUACAUAGAACCUAAAAUUCAUAUUCAGUGUUAAAUAACAAGAUGCACCGAUUCGAUGAAUAGUGCGUGUUGUACAAUAACCCGGGUGCAACUGAAUCUAAAAGCGAUUGUGUGUGAAUGAUUAGAGAUGAAGUUUACAUCAGUCCUGUACAUGUGUUUUGCUUAUAUUGGGAGUGGUUGCCUUUUACAAUUAGAGCAAAGGAACCUGUUUACAUGGGGGAAAAUAUUCUGUAGCUCUAUAUAAUGUGAGAAACUGGAACAUUUGCUACAUUAUUCAUUAUAAUAAAAUACAUCAAGGCCUGCC